GUCGCUUACAAACAGAUACGGUUGGGUUGCUCGUUUGCAAGUGUCGGGCUUGUUUUAUCAGCCGCCUUCUGUCCGUAACUGGUGCGUCACUUCAGAAAGGAGCCUGUGCUUGACGAGUAGGACUAGGUCUAUCAAUCAUCGUGAAGUACCGUAUCCCAAAGCGCUUACAUUUUACGAUUACUGUUAGCAAGCCGACAGAUGCUUCAGAGCUUACUGCUUGAGGGCCCUGCCGGCCCUCGUGCGGCAGCCGGCAGCAUUAGCGGAGCCAUAGCUCUUCUGCAGCGCGCCAUCCUUCAGCAACAAGCACUGCAGCAACCAUGCCGGGAGCUGUCCUACCUUUCAGCGGCUCAACUGGCCUCAGAGGAUAGGGCCACGGGAACAGGGCAGUCCUGCUGUAGUACCAGCAGCAGUGCUAGCGUCAGCGCCGCUGCUGCGACAGGGCCCCUUCUGGGCGGGCUAAAACAGCAGCUGUUGCUGCUCCUGCAGCAGCGGAGGGGCAUUUCAACUUCAGCGACUUCGUCGUACAAGUUCCAGUCCAACCUGACGCGCUACAACAAGUCGAAAGUUCUCAACCGUGAUAACUUCCAGCGAUGGCGCGAGAGCGGCCGGGACGUGCGCGUAGCUCAGGACAUCCUGCGGGAGGCGGGCGACUCCAAGAGCGCAGGGCGCAGCAGCAGCCGGCGCAGGGGCGCCCAGGGCUCCACGGAUGUGCUGUCGGAGCUGCGGUCCAUGGUGCUGGAGUGUCGGGACCUGCAGGAGAUGCAGGUUGUUGUUCGCGAGUGCGGUCGGGACCUGGACGCCUUCCUGGUGUGCACCGCCCUGGCGCGGCUGCACAAGCUGAAGCAGGCUACUCCCGCCUCCGCCUCGCCGUCCGCCCUGGCGCGUCGUGUGGGCGAGUCGCUCAUGGUGCUGCUGCAGGAGCAAGCCCAGGCGGCAUCCAUGUCCAGCCUCGCCACCGCCCUCAACGGACUCGCGGAGUGCGGUUUGCUGCCGGGCCGCGCGCUCAUGGAGGCCGUGGUGGAGCGGGUGCAGGCGCGCAGCCCCCGCGGCAGCCCCGCAGGCGUGGAGGCGGAUCCCCGCACCGUCGGCAUGCUGCUGCUCGCCACCUCCAAGUUCUUGACGCUGCAGCGCAAGCAGCAGCAGCAGGGUGUGGCCGGCAGCCGUGCAGCCGGGGAGGGAGCGGGGCAGGCGGGUGUGCUGGAGGAGCAGCUCUGGCCGGCGGUGCGGGCGGCGGCGGAGGCGAAGCUGCUGCGGGCGUUGGGCGAGGAGCCGGAAGGUGCAGCAGCGGCGCCGGUGGGCGGCGAGGGAGGUCCGGAGGUGGACGAUUCCAUGCCCCAGGGCUCCUUGCGGGCUUUCUGCAAGGCGCUUUCCCUGGCUCACGACGCGCACUCGGGCGUCUGGACUGCCGCCGCUCGCCUGGCUGCCCGCCACGCCGCGGAGCUGCAGCCCGAGGUCGCCGCCAGCGUGCUGCGCUCGUACGCGGCAGCCGGGGGCGUGGCGCUAGACGGCGGCCAGGAGCGCCUUGUGGAUGCGGUCUGGACGGCGCUGGAGCCGCGUCUGUACGACCUGGACGUCACCGUGAUCUUUGACCUGUCGCUCGCCGCCGUGAAGAUAGCAGCCACCACGCCGGCUGCCGCCGGCGGGGACGCCGCCGCUGCCGCUGAUCCGGUUGCAGCUGCCGGCGCUACAGCCAAGCUCAUGCUUGGGCCGAUUUGCGACGCCCUCACGCCUCGUGUUCCAUCCUUGUCAUGCAAUGACGUGGCCAUCUUGGCGACGGGUCUGGCGGAGGCGUACGGAGGCAUCAGCGGCGGCGCUCAACGACAGCCGUACGGCGCACUGCCGCGGCUGCUGGCGGACAUGCUGCUGCUGCGCGGCUUGCCGCAGUUUGGAGCGCGUCACGUGGCUUCGGUGGCGCUGGCGCUGGGGCUCAUGGGGCACACCGAUCGGAGCUUCUGGAGCCGUCUGGCGGCGGCGACGCUGCCGGAGGUUUCCCGCAUGGACGGCACUACCCUCAGUCGCCUGCUGGGUGCCUUCCACAACGCCGCCGCCGCAGCAUCCGCAGCCUCGCAGCAAGCUGCAGCUGCAAGCACCGCCGCGGCUCCGGCAGCAUCUACAUCUCCAGCUGCCGCUGCCGCCUCGGCCCUGAGCCCCGGGGAGGAUGUCAUUGCCGUGGCACAUGCACGUGUGAUGGGGUUGCUCCAGUCUCCUGAAGGUGUUGGCCACCGGGAGGCCUUCCACAUGCUCCGCGCGCUGGCGGAGUGGCCGCUGCCGGCGGGCGGCGAGGCGACGCUAGCACGCUUGGCGGACAGCCUGGUGGCGGCGCCACUGCCCUCGGCGUCGCCGGCAGUGCAGGGGCGGCUGGCGGCGGCGAUGCGUGGUGUGGGGCUGGGGGAGCACCCGUUGGUGGCGCAGCUGGAGGGCGGACGAUGAGCUGCCUAGGAUGGGAUUGGGUGAGGGGUAGGGCGAGUGUAGGAGGAUUUCGGAGCUAGGCUGAACUGAUUGCAGGUUUAUUAGGUAUAGGCGGUGUGCAUACGAGUCGCUGUGUUUGAAUUGGGCAGCUUACGGCUGGGUGUGACGGUGAAGGGGCUGGAUGGGAAUGGCUGUUCCUUUGGGGCGGUUCAAGGAGUGCUGAAGGUAUGCGAGCGACCGGCAAGAGCAUGGGCGGCAGACCCGUGGGCCGCUGAGGGCGCGAGGUGCGUCUGCAGUCAGUUUGCCCCCUGGACAAGAUGUGAGCAUACCGUGGCUUGUGCGAUGUUGCGGUGUGGCCGCUGUCGGCUACAGCAUGCGCAGGGGAAUGUUGACUUGUGCUGCACGGCAAGGGAACGCGCUCUACGCCGUUCAUUGCUAAUUUCUGAGGUGCCGAAGUAUAGCAGUUGCUUUGGCCAUGGACAAUACGGCGACUGACGGCAAAGCAGUAAUGUGGCAUAGUAACAAUGUAAUCAACAAGUG